AUGAAGCCCCAGGGAGAAUGGGCGGCUGAAAAGCCCGAUAAGGAGAAGUUGGCAAGCGAGCCAACGAUGGUCUCCAUUAAAACAGCAGACGUUAAUUUCCCCGCGAGUAGUAUUAAAUAUGCAGGAACCAAUGUUGUAGAAGGCACAAUUAAAUCAACAGAAGAAGUUGUACAGGAAAUGAGGACUUGGCUAAAGACAGGCAUUGCCCCUGACGGCACGCGAAUGAUGACAGAUGAAGCCUCACAAUGGUAUCAAGAUUUCUAUCAAGCAACAACCAAAGCUGACAGUGAAGAGGAAUGUCUGCCUGAGGGUUCGCUGGUUGAUUAUUAUUAUUGGAGUACCCCGUUUCUUUCACACAUAGGCAAUAUAAAUUUAAUAAUGAUGCAUUCGCAGGUAAAUCUGCGAGACGGUACUCACUUGCCUUGCGAUCGUCUGCGUGAAGCUACGAAAUCGAUGAAGAAUUUAAAUAGGCUGGCAGAGAAGAGAUUAUCAGUUCAAGAAAGAGAGAGAGAAGAGUUUAUUCAGCAAGCUGUUAAUGCACAUAAUAGAGGACACCCUCUAAGAAAAGACGGGCUGUAUACUAAAUACUUCUGGAGGCCUUUGCAUCAACAUACAGUCAAAGAGAUGGAAAAGCUAACAGCAGCAAAAGCAGAGGCAGCAGAAGCAGAAGCAGAACCAGAAGCAGCAGACGCAGACGCAGAAGCUGCUGUUGCAGCAGCAGAAAUUGAAGCAGCAGGAGCUGAUGCACCACCCGAAAGAAUUCCGACGGUUAUUAAAGAAGCACAUCAACAAGCGUAG